GUGUGCCAAAAGAAACUCUUGUUCUCUAGAAAAACGACGCCUUCUUCGAGGACUUUAAAGACGUAUAGAGCAAGAAUGGGGAACUGACAGAACCUACAAGGGGUGUGUGUGCAACUGCAGUCGCAUCGAGGAUGAAUUUCUUCAGCCGGCACAGCGACAGGGGUGAGAACAGUCGAGAGUGGGGAGAGGAGAAGGAGGAUGGAGUCAUCUACACAGUCAGUCUGAAGAAGGUUCGACAUCAGACCACAACCACUUCUCUACAGAAACUAACUCACGGGGAAAAUUGGUUUCAACCUCUACAGUGGGAAACGAUGAAGCUUCGCACGCUGAAGGCGGGAACUGUGGAGAGACUGGUGGAGAACCUGGCACCUGAGGAUGUGGAGGACCAGGACACCAACUCCAUGCACCUCAACGUGUUCCUGGCUACUUACCGGGCCUUUACCACAGCUGACCAAGUCUUAGAUAUUCUCUUUAGAAGAUACAAAGAAUAUAAAGAAUGUAGAAGAAGAGGAGAAAAUGGAAAGGACAGCAGACAUGAUGUUUGUAGAAUAAUCCAGUCUGUGCUGUGUAUCUGGAUGGACAUCUACCAGGAUGACUUUGAUGAGCCGCCUGCAUACCGGCUGCUGCACCGCGUGCUGGAGUUCGCCGAGGCUCAGAUGUCGGACGGGGAGCUGGCGCGACAGACCAGACACAAGCUGGACAGACUCCGCAGGAGCCAGGCACUCAAGUCACAGCAGAAAGUCUCAGUGCCCAAUGGUCACCACCUGACCAGCAGUGAGGAUGUGUUGUUCAUCGAGAACUCAGACCCUGACCAGCCCCUAGACUUUGACACCAUCUCUGUACAGACCAUGGCAGAUCAGCUCACCUACAUGGAUGCGGAGUUGUUUAAGAAAGUCGUGCCUCAUCACUGCCUCGGCUCUGUCUGGUCCCGGCGCGACAAGAAGGGCAAGAGCACGACAGACGCUCCGACGGUCAAGGCCACCAUCGCUCAGUUCAACGCCGUUUCGUUCCUGGUGAUUGCCACCAUCCUGAGAAACACCUGCAGCUCUACAGAAGACAGGGUCAGGAUCAUCGAGAAAUGGGUAGAUAUAGCACAGGAGUGUAGAAUUCUGAAGAACUUCUCUUCGCUGAAAGCCAUCAUCUCUGGUCUUCAGUCCAACCCCAUCUACAGACUGUCAGAGACAUGGGCAGCUGUCUCAAAGGAAAAGUCAGAAGAGUACGAGGAACUAUGCACGAUUUUCUCAGAAGAAAAUAACCAGAUGACGUGGAGAGAGAUCCUGGUCAAGGAGGGGACGGCUAAGUAUGCAGACACGAGUAGUACAAAAGUGAAGCAUGUCAGAAAAGAGAGCGCGCAGAAAAUACAGGCCCAGAGAUUAUCGGGUGUGAUGCAGGGCACAGUGCCAUAUUUGGGGACGUUCCUGACAGACCUGAUGAUGCUGGACACGGCCAUGCCAGACACAGUCGACACCAACCUCAUCAACUUCGAGAAGAAGAAAAAGGAGUUUGAGGUGUUGGCACAGAUCCAGCUCCUUCAGAAGACAGCCCAGAACUACAACAUCGUCCCUGAGCCUAGCUUUAAGGCCUGGUUUGACAGUGUGGAGCAUCUCAGAUACGAGGAAAGUUACCGCCUAUCGUGUGAGGUCCAGCCCCUGUCAGACUCCAUGUCUCCUCCUGCCCAGGGCAGCCGCAAGGAAAGAAGUCUCAGGAAGAGAAUAAGCAGAUUGUUCAGCACAAGUGACUGGGAGACGAGUAGUGCCAACUCCAACACGUCCCAGUCUGAGGACAGAGUCAGCGAAACCAGCAUGCCUGACUCUCCGGACAGUCUCGUGCCAGAGAAGAUGUCAGCCUCCUCCUCGUCCUCUUCGCUGACGUCCCUUGAGAUGUCGACUUCACCGUACAAGAACUACGACUCGUCCAGUAACUGUGUCAUCCGAGUCAGUCUGAGCGGGGAGUCGGACAACAUAUACAAGAGUGUGCUGCUCACCCACCAAGACCACACACCCGGGGUGAUCAAGAGCCUGAUGAGCAAGUUUAACCUUGAUGCCGAAGAAGCUGAAGAAUACAAGCUGGUCCAGAAGCUGCCUGAUGGAGAAUUGCAGAUUCCCGAUCACGGUAACUGCUUCUACGCCAUCAACCAGUCCGUAGAACCCAACUUCAUCUUGAGAAAGAAGUCGGAAGAAGGGGAGCUGCACAGAAAGUCCAAGAAGCGUACGACCUUGAGAAAACUCAUGGAGGUCGUUUCAACUCAGACUUAGAACUUCUUGUACCAGACGACUUCUUUGUUUAGAGAUGGGAGGAGCUUGUGACUGAAUCACAAGUGAAACCUUUGGUAACCCUGGAAGUGUGAUUUCUCAAAAGUUAGUCAUACGUGAGCCGCGCUGGUUAUGUAAUACCGGACAAAAAUAUCUUUACAAUAACCAGGAAAAGACAAUAUAUUCUUAUGUGGUCUUGUUGGCUGUCUUUCAAUGCAAUGUCUGGUGGCCAGUAUUUUGUCAAGAGAUUUUUGUGCAACACGAGUCAAAUUUGUAUAGUGUGUUGCUGACCAAGUGGAAAAGAAAGUGUUUUGUAUGUCUUUGUAAAACUUUGAACUUUCUGCAAAAUAUUUGUCAAAUCUUUUUAGCUUUUAGUAAUAUUUAGCUACUUUAGCACCAUCUUUCUUCUUCUGUUUGUCUUUAAGUCUUAUCUAUGCCUUAAAGAUUUCUAUGUGUUCUUCUUGUGUAUCUGUUUGCCAGGGAACUAAGUUCACUGGAUGUCUGGACUUGCUGUUGACCUCUGACAUCAGGUCAUGACCUUUAACACUAGGUCAUGACCUAGGUUGUGAUGUAAAUAUUUACAUUACUGACCCUUUCUCUUGUUUUUACUGUAUAUGCUGCAUAUUUUUGCCGUUCAAAUAUAGUUCUGUGCCAACCUGUAUAUUAAGCACUAUUAAAUGAUGCAAGAAUACUAAGAAUGGUGCCUUUCUGCAAUAGCACCAGAAAAGCCAUUGAAAUUAAGACUUUAUUAUUAUUAUUAACUGCCAUUUCAUGAGAGCCAUAGUAACAAUGAUGAAGGAAAUGUUAUUGUAUAGUGGUGGUCCUUGUAAAGAUAAUGUAUAUUAUUGUCAAGUCAAAUUGAAAUUGCAAGGUGCAACAACAGAUGUAAUAUUCUUCUAACGUUGUUAUAUACUACUUGUAUUAUGCAUGUAAGGCACACACAGAUUUUUCAUCAUCAUCU